AUGGACGUUGACCGGAGCCCCGUGCAGCAACGCACCUCGCGCAAACACCUACGCAGCAGUUCCGACGACACCAACCUGACAUGGAGCUCAGACGAAUCCGGUCGCUUCGACGACGCAGACGAGCGUGGGUUGGAGGCCCUCAAGUCGCCAUCGGCCAAGUCAGCGAAGCGACGCCGCUCAAAUGACUGGCCGCUCCCGGACGAAGCCGCCGAUUACGGACAUCAUGAUCGUCGUGCGCGCAACGGAGGCGGUGGCUCAGGCGCCAAUCUCGCAACUGCAUACAAGUCAUCACCCCGGGCGUCACCGCGCGGUUCUUCGCGCGCAAGACACAGUACCGCGGCUUCCAACAGUCCGCGCAAUCUCCUUGGGCGACGGUCGCGCUUUGUUGAAGCGACUAUGGUUGACAGUGUCAGUGAGAAGCCGCCGAGUAUCUUCAUGCAAGAGAAGAAGCAGGCCGCUGCCCAGAACCGCGGAUCUGGAAUCUUUCGCUUCGGAAAGGCUAUCGCUUCGGCUUUCAAUCCGUUCGGCGGCUGGAACAAGAGCUCGCCGGAGAAUGUCCACAAGUCGCCUCAAAAAGACGCUCUUGUGCAGGCGGAGCAGGCCUAUGCGGAGCUCAAGAAGGCAGGGUAUCAGGGUACAAACAAGGGCGCUUACUUGGAGAGCGCCAAUGUUAAUCAGGCCCAUGCCGAUCAUGCCUGGCAGGAUGUCCAAGAAAAUACGCUCUCGGGAAACCCGACUUCCCAUUGCGGUGAGACCCACGGCUUGGGCACACCAUUACGCUCUCCACGGCGUUCCCCGACGAAGUCCUCGAAGCGCUCAUCCUUCCAAGACCUGCGGUCAAUAGGGUUUCCCUUUAUGAGGCCCUAUGAACAAGUUACAACCGCUCCACCCACAUACCAAGACCGUUCAUCCGAGGACCUCGAGCAGGGUGGGCUUCGAAGACAGAAGUCAAAGAAGGAAAUCAAUCGCCAGGCCAAGCUAGUCAAGAAGGUUAGCAAUCUUGAAGAUAAGCUGGACCGUGCUCGACGCGAGCUUCGUGAACUAAGCGGCAAUGAAGAGCGAGUGCCCGCUCCAAUUCCAGAGUCAACCGAGUCCUUGCACAUGCGUAUGGACAUGGAUCCUGGUAGCUAUCCUCGCAAGUUUGUCCCAGGUGCACUUCCCACACUGCCUUCGGAGCGACUGCUCGACCAACAAAACCCGAUAUCCAAGUCGCCUGAGCCCGACAUGAGCAGCAUCACAGCUUUGCCAUCAAUGGAGGGCCGAGGAAGCUUCUCACUCGAGGAACCAUUGAGAUCUCCGAGUUCAUCACCAACCAAGACCCCAAAGGGGCGGUCGAAAUCGCGACCAUCUUCCAUGGGUAAGGAAAACUCCUCCCGUAAGAGGAAGACCCCAGUUCCUGAACCUAUCGUUAGUCGGAACCCUAUUCAGCCCACUUCGACGGACUGCCACGACGACAUCCUCCAACCGCCCGAGCUUGAGCAGCUGAUUGACUUUGGCCUACUCAGCCCAACCCGACAGGCUAAGUGGCAGAAAUUCGACGCCGGCGACAGCCCCGGCUCCGUCGAACGCAAGCGAAACACCGGCGUCGACUACGGGGUGGCAGGCGAGAUAGACUCAAUGCACAAAAGAUCCUCAUCAAUUCAGCCCCGACCCUCACCUGGCCUCAAUGGCUCACCAAGCCCCAAGACCGGAAAAUCCCCACCCCCACUGCGUAUGCGCCGCGGCCAUUCGAACCUACGGUCCGUCUCGCCGACACAUAUCGUUCCGGGUUCGCGUGAAGUCUCGAGCGACUGCCUUUCGCCUUCGCCGCCUUUGGAAACUCACAAUACAUUCUAUCUUCAGCAGCAACGCUCCCUUGAUCCCGAUCGUACGUCUCGCUCUUCUUCUCCGACUAAGUCAACUAGCUCCCCGUCCAAGCCUGCCCAUACGCGCCGCCGGAGUCGUCAAGAGGAGGACAUUCCUCCCGUUCCACCUCUUCCCAAGGAGCUACUCAACGAUGCUGCAAAGGUAAUCAGAUCGCCGUCGAAGAAAGAAAAGUCGAGAAAUCGUGGCGCGUCUGUUCUCGAGCCGCGAUCCCCUUCGACUCAGAACAGACAGUCCGCCGUGCUUGAGGAGUAUCCGUGGCCUUCGGAUAUGUUCUGA